AUGACUGACUACGGUCAGAUUUUUCAACAAUCAAUUAAACUAUUUGAAGCCUAUGGUAUUGGGUUUCUGGUUUUGUCAGCGGUUUUUGGUGGAAUUUUGGGAAUCUUCAUCAAUUAUUAUGUGAGCGUUCGACCGGAAAAACGGGCAGAAACGAGAAAAAAACAACUUUUGGAAGAGGAAGUUUCAGCUAGACGUGAGUGCAAAAAAACGUUCGAUGAAAAAAUAUGUGAAAAGUUUCAGAUGAGAAAUCACGAAUAAAGACAAAUGAAGAAGUCAAGGAACUUUUGAAAAGCGGAGGAAUGAAUACGGUAGGUCAGAAAUAUGGAAGAUGAAAUUACGAUAAAUGUUUUAGACAUCGAUCAAGAAAUCUCGCGUCAACUUCAACCCAAAAGUCGAGGAAAGCGUUAAAGGUAACUUAUCCCAGAAAAAAACACAGAUAAAUGAAUAAAACAUGAAGAACAUAUGAAAAACAGCAAAACAGUGAUAAAUAUUUGAUCUGUGAAGUUUGGCAGUUUUGAACUUGCAUUCUCUCUCGAAAAUUGGGGGUAAAAACGUGUUUGAUUGUCUACAAAAGAAAAAAGAAAAGAUAGCGAACGGAAAAAGUUUUUGAAGUGGUUGAGGUCAGAAAUAUUUAUUUUUAUAGGUUUUUUUUUCAAAGAUCCAAAUUCAAUAUUUUCCAGCAACUGAUUAUUCUGAAGAAUCGGAACAAUCCGAAGAUUCUGGAGAUGAGGAAGAACAAAUGCCACAAAUGGAUAAACGUCGUGUGAUGUCAGCAUCAACUCGUAAAUUUGUGAUGCCAGAUGAAGAUCAUCCAGUUGAUAGUGAUCGAAUCAGUGAAACACUUGGAAAAUUGCAUGGAAAACUUGCGACUGCUCAAUUGAAGGCUAAAACUCGUCAAAUGGCUGCAGAAAUGAGUGCUGAAGAGAGAGAUUAUGUAAGUUAUGUCAAGUCUACUCAAAAAAAAUCUAGAAGAAAAAUCUUUCUGAAAUCUCAAGAGAUUCAGUUGGACUUUUAAAAUAAAUUUAUUAUCUUAAAAAAUACGAAGUGGCUUCUAAAAAGGAUUUACAAAGUUCAACGUUCAAAGUUUCCAAAUCCCACAAAAUCUCAUUUGUUUUUAGGAGGCUCAAAUGAAAGCGAAACAAAUGGAAUCAAUCAUGGCUUUAAUGAUGGAAAAUAAGGAAAAGUUUGGAAUGUCAAGCGAGGAAGACAUUCAAGAGCAACUGAAUUUGUACAACUUUUAA